AUGCUUGACAAUGUGGAUCCUUUGCAUUGUAUUCUAAAAUUUGCUCAGAAAUGUUACUCCAUUUUUGUUGGUGUACUUGAGAUUUUGAGACAUUUCUCACAGAUCGGUUCUACAUAUGUCAACUCUUCUGAAUUGAUAGUUGAAUCAGAAGAUUCUCCUUUAGCUGUAAUGGCGUCAGUGAAUCCUAUAGAUAUCAGUUCAUCAGAUAGUGACUCAGAUUUACGAGAAAUAGACAAUUAUAGGGAUGAGUCUCCUGUUAGGGAUACUGCUGCUUCUGCCAGUUCUAGGGUCCUUCCACCGUGGUCAUCUUCUACUUCUGAUUUGACAGGCUACAAUGAUCGUUCUCGAAAGGCUCCAUCUGCGAAGAUCUAUGAUGAAAUUUCGUUUAAACCCCACAAGCAUCUAAGUAGUGCUGAAACUAUUGGAACUUCUAGUUCAAACAUGGUUCGAGAUCCAAAUAAUAGAGGUAGUUUUGGUAUAAAUUCUGCAGUACCUUCUUCUCUACAGGCUUUGAAGAGGGCCCUUCCUGCAACCUUUCAGCCUUCUUCAUCUAGUGCGAGAUCAAACAAUUUAGUGGAGAAUGCCAUUACUGAUACUUAUGCAAAACAUAACCAGCCUGCAUGGUCAAAAUUUUCUAAUGGCAAGAAUACAGACAAUUUUACUGGUGUAAAUCUUAGUGAAUCACCACUCUAUGAAAACAGAGGCAUUAGACAAUUACCCCCAUCUCUGUUUCUUGGAAAAUCUCCGUCGGCCAAUCCGUAUGGUGGUUCAAAUGAUUCUCUGCAUCAUCCCGUGGUUGGUGAAGAAAAGAACACAGAUGCUGACGAAAGAUUGAUUUUCCAAGCAGCUUUGCAGGACCUUCAUCAGCCCAAAACCGAAGUUAAUGUACCUGAUGGUAUCUUGACAGUUUCUCUUCUCAGGCACCAGAAAAUUGCUUUGGCAUGGAUGCUCCAGAAGGAAUCAAGCACUAAUUGUUUGGGUGGGAUUCUAGCUGAUGAUCAGGGCCUUGGUAAGACUGUGUCAAUGAUUGCCCUCAUACAGAAGCAGAGGCUUGCAGAAGCAAAAUCUAAACCUGAAGAUUCUUGUAAUGCCAGAACCGAACCCUUGAAUUUGGACGACGACGAUGAAAUUAGUGUUGUUAAGCUUGAUGAAGAAAAUCGGACGAAAGAAUCUGAUGAUUUUACAGUCCUUCCAAAAGCAAGUUGUUCGAUGGGCGAAUUCCGUGGUAGGAGGCCUGCAGCAGGUACACUUGUUGUCUGUCCAGCCAGUGUUCUUCGACAGUGGGCUCGAGAGCUGGAUGAGAAAGUUACUUCUGAAGCUAGACUUGCUGUUUUAGUCUAUCAUGGAGGAAGUAGGACUAAAGAUCCUGCUGCAUUGGCAGGUUAUGAUGUGGUUGUAACAACAUAUUCCAUUGUUACGAAUGAAGUUCCAAAACGACCUUUGGUUGAAGAGGAUGAUGAUGAACAAAGAGAUUUAGCAAGAUAUGGAUUAUCUUCUGAAUUUCCGAUGAACAAGAAACCGAAAAAGUCAUCAGUAAAGAAGAGCCUCAAGAAGGGUGGAAAAGAAAUUGACAUGUCUUCUUUUGAUUCUGAUUGUGGUACACUUGCCAGGGUGAAAUGGUCUAGAGUGAUUUUGGAUGAAGCUCAAACAAUAAAGAACCACAGAACGCUGGUGGCUAGAGCCUGCUGCAGCCUUAGAGCAAAACGAAGGUGGUGCUUGUCUGGAACACCUAUACAAAAUUCUAUAGAUGAAGUCUUCAGCUAUUUCAGAUUCCUGAGAUAUCAGCCAUACGAUAAAUUGAAAACAUUUGGUACUUCCAUCAAGUUCCCAAUCUCUAGGAAUGCAGUUCAUGGUUACAAGAAGCUUCAAGUCAUCUUAAGACAGAUCAUGUUGCGUCGAACAAAAGGUACAUUGAUUGAUGGUGUGCCUAUAAUCACUUUACCCCCCAAAACAACACAUUUGACGCGGGUGGAAUUCUCCACGGAAGAACGAGCUUUUUAUAACAGACUUGAAGCACAAUCACGCUCACAAUUUAAGGCUUAUGCGGCUGCUGGUACUGUGAAUCAAAAUUAUGCUAAUAUUCUAUUGCUGCUCCUCCGUCUUCGCCAAGCUUGUGAUCACCCUCUACUUGUCAAAGGACUCAGCUCCGACCCUGUUGGAAAAGAGUCCACUGACAUGGCGAAGAGGCUCCCCAAGGAACUGCUAGUGAAUUUACUAAAGCUUUUGGAAGCUUCCCUGGCAAUAUGUCUUGUAUGCAAAGAUCCUCCUGAAAAUGCUGUUGUCACCAUGUGCGGACAUGUUUUCUGCUAUCAGUGUGUCAACGAGUUUUUGACAGGGGAAGACAGUACAUGCCCAGCCCCUGAAUGUAAAGAACAACUUGGAGCUGAUGUUGUAUAUUCAAAACCUACCUUGUGGAGAUGUAUCUCUAGUGAUACUGACAAUGAUGUCCCUUUCUCAUCAGAAUUUGAUGAGAAUUCUAUGGUUCUCCACAAGGAUUACCUCUCCUCUAAAAUCAGAGCGGUUUUAGAGAUUCUCAGGUCACAUUGCAAACCCAAGACCAGCAGCAGUGCUUCAUCUUCAGGUAUAAGUUACCUAGAUUCAGAUACCGACGGACCUGAAAAAGCUAUUGUUUUCUCCCAGUGGACUGGCAUGUUGAACUUAGUUGAGGAGUCCCUGAAGGAUUCUUGUAUAAGUUACCGGAGGCUUGAUGGUACAAUGACUCUACUUGCAAGAGACAGGGCUGUCAAAGAUUUCAAUACCAUACCCGAAGUGUCGGUUAUGUUGAUGUCGCUAAAAGCUGGAAAUCUUGGUCUAAACAUGGUUGCUGCUUGUCGCGUAAUCCUUUUGGAUCUUUGGUGGAAUCCUACAACUGAAGAUCAGGCUGUUGAUCGAGCCCACAGAAUAGGACAGACGCGUGAAGUUACUGUAUCACGGUUAACCAUUAAGGACACAGUGGAAGAUCGAAUUUUAUCUCUUCAGGAUGACAAGAGAAAAAUGAUUGCAUCGGCUUUUGGCGAUGAUCAAAGUGGUGGCACCGCAACUCGUCUGACAGUGGAAGAUCUCACAUUUUUGUUUCAGGUAUCUGAUCAGUCAAGACGGAACAAGGAUACAUCUUCAGAGCACUUUCAACGUGGCUCAUUAUAA